AUGACUCAUCCGCUUCCCCAUGACUCACACACCUCAGGUGCUCCUCCUCUGGUCAACAAGUCCGGAGACUUGGCAAAUGGACCCCCAUUUUUCUCACCUCUCCAAAGCCUCUGGGAAGAAUUCCUGCACCUCCUCUUUAUGGGGACUCUGCUCUUCUACAGAAGAGCAACCAAGGCCUUGAGAGGGAAAGCAACUCUCCUAAAGUCACAUAGCAAGCAAGCAGCACGGCCAGGGUGGGAGCCAGGCAUCUGGGCACCGAGCCCAGUCCCGGCCUCCUCCCCACAAGAUCACUCUCGCCUGACCUCCCUCUCAAGGACAGGAAAGGAGCAGAGACGCACUCUGAGCCUUAUUAGGAAGACCUCAGGGACUCCCACUGAAUCCACUGUGGCUACAGCGGCUGCUUCCACCACUGAAGUCCCCUCCAGGCUUCCCUGGGCAGCCAGGGCGGGGUUUAAGAGGACGACAGGUGUCUGCAUUGCUCUACCUACCUAA